UUCGAAUCCGAAUCCGAACAGAAAGCCCAGAGAACACAGGGCGCUGUUUUCUUCUUCGUUGUGCACUCCCUUCCUCUUUGGCUACGGCGGAAACCUAUCGUUCCAGUUGGAGCCACCUUAAACACUCCAACCACCCAUUCCAGUCUCUUGAUUCCUGGUAUGUUGUUAGUCUUCACACUCAUUCAAUUACAAGUCUAAGACUUUUAAAUCUCCCUCUCUUGGGGUUUAAUGGGUAUCCUUAAUUUUCACAAUUCGAAGUCUCUAGAGUUCCAUUCAGUGUUACUGCACUAUCUAUUUCUGGGUCUAUUGGAUUCAUUGAGUUCGGAAAAUUUGGUGUAAUAAUGGGUUUUAGCCAUGAAUUCUAUCUCUCUAUGUGGUCCGAGGUUGGUUCGGAGAACUUGUUCUUAUUUAAUUUCAACAAGCAAACUUAAGUCUUAUUUAAAUUUAAUAAGAAGUUUUUGUAAUGGGAACUCUGAUUUCGGUAGUGGGGAUAGUAAAUGUGAUAGCUUCGAGGAACCUUUGAAGAGAAUGUGGAGUAGCUCAAAUUUUGAUUUUGCUAUGAAUGAGGAACCCGUUGAAACGAAUGUUCGGAGGCAAUUUUCCCUGAGGCAGAGCUUUUUUGAACUUUCAAGGAUCGAUGCUGAAAGAGUUCUUGAGGUUUUGAAACAAGAUGGCCCUGGAUUCGAUUCGAAAUUGACCUUGGAUGAGCUUGACAUUAGGGUUUCAGGGCUGCUUGUGAGGAAAGUACUUACUGGAAUAUUGAAAUCAAUUGAUCAUUCGAAUAAAAUGCGGUGUGCAAAACUCGGGUUUAAGUUUUUCAUAUGGUCUAGCCAGCAGGAGAAUUACAGGCACACUGCAAACAGUUACCAUUUACUGAUGAAGAUUUUUGCAGAGUGUGAUGAAUUUAAAGCAAUGUGGAGGCUAGUCGACGAGAUGAUCGAAAAAGGCUUCCCUACUACAGGUCGAACCUUUAAUCUUUUGAUUUGUACUUGUGGAGAGGCUGGCUUGGCUAGGAAAGUUGUAGAAAAAUUCAUUAAGUCAAAGACAUUUAACUAUAGGCCUUUCAAGCAUUCUUACAAUGCAAUUUUACAUUGCCUUCUUGUGGCAAACCAAUAUAAGCUGAUGGAGUGGGUCUAUCAGCAGAUGUUGGGCGACGGUCAUUCUCCAGAUAUUUUCACUUACAAUGUUCUAAUGUCUGCAAAAUAUAGGUUGGGAAAGCUUGAUCAGUUUCAUACACUGCUUGAUGAAAUGGGUAGAAGUGGUUUCAGUCCAGAUUUGCAUACUUAUAACAUUCUUCUCCAUGUACUUGGCAAAGGAGACAAACCACUUGCAGCUCUAAAUCUUUUGAAUCAUAUGAAAGAAGUUGGUUUUGAUCCGGGGGUUCUUCACUUCACCACCUUGAUAGAUGGAUUCAGUAGGGCUGGGAACUUGGAAGCUUGCAGAUAUUUUUUCGAUGAAAUGGUGAAGAACGGGUGUGUGCCAGAUGUUGUUAGUUAUACUGUAAUGAUCACAGGGUAUGUUGUGGCUGGGGAGCUUGAGAAUGCUCAGAAAAUGUUUGAUGAGAUGAUCACAAAUGGCCAACUUCCAAAUGUAUUCACCUACAAUUCUUUAAUUCGUGGACUGUGUAUGGCUGGUAAAUUUAAGGAGGCAUGUGGGAUGCUUAAGGAUAUGGAGUCCAGGGGUUGUAAUCCAAAUUUUCUUGUUUACAGUACCUUAGUGAGUAAUUUGCGAAAUGCUGGGAAGCUUUCUGAAGCUCACAAAGUUAUAAAACAGAUGGUGGAGAAGGGGCAAUAUGCUCAUCUUCUCUCAAAGUUCAAGGGAUACAAAAGAUGUUAAUAUGGCAUAAAUUAUUGAUGGAGUUCUUCUGAUAUUCUCCUGUGAAAGAACUUCGCUCUAGCCUCGUGCGUGCAGCCGCUCUGAAUUGACUCUAUGUAUUUGCUGCCUGUACCACUUGUCAAGCUAAAGAGUGAAAUUGAAACCAUGGAACUUUUUAACGCGAUCAAUUCGGAUUCCACGGCAGACUCCAGUAGUUCAUAAUAAGCAUUUGGUUUAGGAACGACAAGCUCUGGCCUCUGUUGUGCAUAACCUCUUAUGUAGGUCAGUCACCAUUGCCCUCAUAAAUUCAAGUAACACCAGUUUCAGGCUGUCAAUCAUUAGACUGUAUAAUUCGUUUUUGUAAAAGAAAAUGUCAAUAACUCUCAAUGCUGAUUUGUAAGUUCGUUUCAUUCACUCUUGGUAUCGAAGUUGUCUCUUACUCAUUCACCAACUUGAUGCACUUCAACCAAGUCGAUCAAAUAGCAAAGGAAAAGAAAAAGGGAAUUUGAAUACAAUUUCCAUUAUUGAAAAAGAGUUCAUCUUGUAUUGUCAGCAAACGUCAUUACUAUCUAAUAUUGCCAUAUUGGUAGAACUAUCUAUCUGGGAUUAUUGUAUUUAGAAUCUAAAAA